AUGAGUGACAGUGAACUUAGUGGAGAAGUCAAAGAAAGUUAAGAGCACAACAUUUUAAAAUCAGAUAUGAUUGCUACUUUUGGAGAUAAAUAGAUUAAAAAUCAAUAGAUAGAACAUUUGAGUUAUUAACAAAGAUCUUAGUUAGGUAAUCAAGGCGGUGGCCAACAAAAAGACAUAUAGCAGAUUUAUUAGUUUGAUAGUGGAAAAAUUCAGAAUCCAUUCUACAUUGAUUAGAAUUAGUUUAUACCAGCAAACAAUAAUUUUAAUAAUAACUUUAUCACUUAAAACAUAGAUUUUUAGUAUUAACAAGAUGAUAAAGUUAAUUAUGCUCCUAAAAGCUUUCCUGAAAAAGAUAAAUACUAGUUAGGAGGUAAUUUUUAUCAAUAAAAAAUUAAUAAUUAUGCGAAUAAUGAAGGAGAUAUUGCAAUUAUGAUGAAUAGCUCUAUUCAAAGCGCCCAUUCAUAGUAGAUUAUCAAUAAUGAUAUUAGUGAUGAAGAAAACGAAAGGAGAUUGGCCAACAAUUUUUAAAUUAGUGGAAGCAGUUUGAGUCCAGAUUUUAAAAUUGACACUGUUAAGAGCACCAAUUUGCACAAUACAAGUAAUAAUUUGAAAUAAAAAGAAUCGCAUUUAUAGGGUUAAGAGAUAAAUUAGUGGAAGGAUGAGCAUGUUGGCUAUGAGGAAUAAAACGAAUAAAAAAGAAAUUGUGACAGCUGUCAUGUGAUCCCAGCCAAUUACAUUGCUCUUCCCUGCUCUCACAAUUUUUGUAUAAACUGUUUAAUGAAAAUUUACUUGAACCCUAUGUUGUGCAGAAAGGAUUUCGACAAUUUUGCAGAGCUUGUUUGUUAGAUAUGCUCUAAACCCACUAAAUUAGACUACGAAUCAUAGAUUGCCAUAGAAACAGAAAUUUAGCAGUUGUUGAUUAAUAGUAUGAAUGACUAAAAUCCUUUAUAAAUGAUAUCUAAUCCUAAUUUGUAGUUUGAAGAUAAUAAUUAGCAAGGAAGCAGAGAAGAUUUAAACAGUAGUGAAAAUUAAUCUAUAAAGGAAUAAAUUUAGAAGAAAGAUGCAAAAUAAUUUCAAUCUGCUAAUAAUUACUUAUAAAUGUAUGAUUAAUAAAAUCAGGAUAAUAAGCAGUAGUAGCAAUAAGUUUAGCAGUACUUUUAGCAAAGAUACUAAAUGCCCAAAGAGGAAGUUAUACACGAAGAAGAGAGUAUGGAAACCUUUCUCACUAAUGAGACACACAAGUUGAUUCACUUCAAUAGUAGUGACUCGCCUUAUUAAAGCUUGCCUAAGAGUUCUUUCUAAAAUAAGUAGCAUUUGACGAAGAGUGCAUAUUCAAGCAAUCAAGCUAGUUAAAAUGGAAAUAUUCUCACAAACAGCUUGCUUAAAGUUCUUCAUAACAAUAACAGCAACAACUUAAAUAAUAAUGAAAAAAAUAAUAUUCAAAAUUUAUAAAAUAUUUAGCAAAUUUAAUUUUCAGAUUUCAAGAAAAGCCUAGAAAAUUACAACAAUAAAAACAACAAUGAAAACAACUUUUUGCAAUUUUAAAAUGACGAUUAGGAGUUUUAGGUUAAAAAUUUAAUGUUAACAGAAGAAAGCGAGGGAAUAGAAUCUGAAAAAAAAAAUAUAAGUGGUAUUUCGCCAAUUGCAUCUAAUAAUAACAAAAAUUAGGGUUAAUAAAAUGUAUUAAAAACUGAAUCAGAACAAAAUUAGGAUAUUUCUAAUAAUAACAUAUUGGAGUUUAGAAGAGUUGAAAGUGAUUUAAGCAAUCAAGGUAAUAAUAUCUUUGACUAAGAUUCUUAACAGGAGAAUAAUUCUGUCGUUAUAAAUAGAGAAAAGCCAUAAUUUAUCUAAUCUUAAUAUAUUGCUGAAGAUAAGGGAAAUUUAGUUCAUUCAAAUGUUCGCCUUUUAAAUUCGAUUCAACAAAGCAAAGAUUUAGCUCAUCUAAAUUAAAUUUAUUCCUAAAAUUUAAAAAAAUAAGAAACUCAAACUCCCUAUACUCCCUCUGAUUUAAAUCUUCUCCAUUCUAUUUAGCAAAGUCAAGAUUUGCAGAGUUCUUAUCAAGCUAAUUCAUAAAAAGUUUCUAAAAUGGAAACACCAGUUUUCAGUCCCUAAAAUUUCCAUCUUUUGCAUUCGAUUUAAUAAAGUAAAGACCUUUAGAAUCUUUCUCAUUAAAAUAGCAAUCAAAAUUAAUAACAAAAUUUGAAUUAACUCAACUCAGUACACUCAAAUAUAUAAUUGCUGCAUUCAAUUUAAGAUAUUUCCAGCUCAGCUUCCAACAAAAUUUCUCAAAAACAAACUAGCAGCUAAAAUUCUGCCGAUAACAAAUUUUAAUAGGUCAAAGAAUAAAUAAAAUAAGUUAAUAGUUCAAACUUAAUUCCAGGAGAAGAUGAUAUUAGCUAGCAAAAUUAAAAAAGAAAUCUUUUGGUCUCUGAAUAUAUUCCUAUGGAGAAAGUAGAUGAAUCAGCUUCAACUCCCUAAGUCUAAUCACAAAAUAAUAAAGAUAACAUAAGCUCGUCUUAGCAAAAUAGCUACAUGAGAUUGACUUAAACAAAUAAAUCAGCAAACAAUCCUCAUCAGAUAUAAUCCAAUUAAGAUAAAGAAUAAAAUCUUUAACACUAACAUAGUGUCUAGUAAGCCCAACCUUAAUCUCUCAAUAGCAGUUCUUAAGCUAGCAAAUAAGAUUCAAAUAUAAAUAAUAAACUUGUAAAUAGCAAGAUUUUAGACUAAGAAUAAAAUCAAUAGCAAUAAUAAAAGUAGACACUACAGACUUCAUAAAAUAACUAUGAAAGUAGAUUUUUGAGAACAAGAGAGCAGAUAAAAAGUGGAGGCAAAAUUAGCUAUAGAAGCAGUAGAAAUAGCAAGUCAGAAAGCAUGACAGAAAAUUAGCUUAUGUAAAGUUUGGAAAGCAACAAUAUUAAUGCCCUUAGUACUAACUGCAAUGAACAUCCUUUAGAAGAUGCACAAUUAUUUUGCUUUACUUGCGAAUGUAAAUGCAUAUGUUUAGCAUGCUAAGCAGAUUCUAUUAAACAUAAUGGGCAUUAAGUAGAAUAUGUUACGAGGAGCUAUGACAUUCUUUAAGUGAGACUUUAAGAAACACACCAAGAUAUAUCAAAUAAGAUAGAGUUGAUGGAUUCUACUUAUUGGAAUUUUUCGUAGCAAAAAAUUAAUGUUCAAAAGAAGAAUGAAGAAAUGCAAUAGUAAAUAUUGUAGACAUUUAAUGGCUUAAGAGAUUUAAUUAAACUCAAAGAAAACGAGCUCUUGCAGUAGCUUUCUCAGCACCAAGCAAACGCUCUUUAAAUAGUUGAUCAAGAAUGCAACAAAAUGCAGGAAGCAAGAAAAACUCUUGAAACAGUCUCAGGAAAGUUGAAUAUAAUUUAAAAUGCCCAGCCAUCAGAAUUAGUUGAACUAUCAGAUUGCACAAUAGCAUUUAAUUACUACGCAGAAUGCAAAAGAAUAUUAAACGAAAUAAUUUCUAAAACUAAAAUUGACUAAGAGCCAAUCAAGCAAUUUGAAAAUACUUCAUUGGGGAUUGUUCAAUAAAUAGCUGACCAGGUAAAGAUCUGCAUAAAUGAAAUAAAAUUCCCUUAACCUCAAAGAGAUUUAAGACUCUCUCCUUAAAGCAACAGAUUCAUUUCUAGCAAUUUCUAGCUGAAUAACUACACUCCUCAGCAUCAAUCAAUAACCACAAUUGAAGAAGUUAUUAACUAAAAUGGAAAUUAAAUUUUUAAUAAACUAAACUAAAAUAAAACAGAAAUCAGUUCAAAUUCAAAAGAAAAUCUGGCAAACUUAGAAAGCAUAGCAAAAUUCAAAUAAAUUCUACACAAUAACUCAACAUAAAAAAAUAUCAGCAAUACAAAUUCAAUUCUAUUGGAUAGGAAAGACUAGUAAACCCCAUAAACAAAAUAAAAGAUUCAAACAAAUUUAGAUCAUUAAAAUUAAUAGCCUACUAAAUAGGACAUUAAGCUGUAGAAUAAUUUUGUAAAUGAAAACAGUUAUAACACAUCAGAAAGUUAGAGAAAUUAAAUCAAUAUAGAACCUAGCAAAAGUAGCAAUAACAGUUAUUUUCUUUACAAUAGCAGUGCACGAUCAAAUUAGCCAAAAAGUCAGAAGGGAGGAUAUUUUUUGAGUGCAAAUACUGAUCAAAGUGAUAAAUAAGCAUUGAGCUCUAUAAAUAAAUUAAGGAUGUAAAAUAACUUUUCUCCUUGUUCAGUUGACAACUCGAAGAGUAUUGAUUAAAUUGAAUAAAGAAUUGAUGCUUACCAAAUAGCCUCUACUGACUAAAAUAGAAACUCUUUUGACUUAAAGGACAAUGUGGAUAUUAAAUUCUCUAAUUAAAAUGCUUCUUAACAAGAAAGUGGCUAUGCUUCGAAGAUAUAGCAGAGCUAUCCAAAACUAAAAAUUUCUUAGAAUCAUCUUUAAGAUGAAAUAGAUAAAAUUAAUAACAGUCUGUUUGAAUUGUAAGCCAAUAUUGAUUUGAACACUAUCUUUUGUAGAACUGAGCAUUCACCUUUGAAAGAAAAGAAUGAAUAUCUAGUUAAUUAUUCAGAGAGACAAUAGAAACUGAACUCUAACAGAAUACCCAAAAAGAGCAGUCCAAGCCACUACCAAAACCAAUAAAUAAAUGCAUCUUCUUUGAAUUCUUUGAAGUAACAAGUCCUUUCACCCACAACUGCAUCAAGUAUCCAAAAAUUUUUCAAAAACUUCUAACAAAAAUAUGAUUAAAAAUCUGGAUAAUCCACUUAACAAAACUUUUCAGUCAAAAACAAUAUCAAUAAUAAUUCAGAAGGAAGAUAGGUCAAUAAUCUGAAAUUGUCGAACUCUAUUUUUAGCUACUCCAAAAAGAUUAAUGAAUAAAAUCAAAACUCAUCAGUAAAAAAAGAAAUAAGAUCUAAAUAUUAACAUCAUAAACAUCUUAGUGAUAUAAAAUUAAAUUCCAUUUCUAUAGGCAAUGAUGCCUCAAAUUAGUCUAACAUCUUAUCUCCAAAACCACUUCUAAAAGAUUUAGACUUUUAAUUGUACAGUAAUAAAAGCAACAAAGAUAUUAAUUUCAAUUUCAACACAACUUAAUAGCCCAGUGAUAACAUGCUCUACCUACCAGAGUAAUCAGUCAUUGAAAAGCUAUCUGCAUUUUAAUAAGACAUAAAAAAUUCAUCCAUCUUCUAAAAGGAGCUUAGAAUGAAAGAAAUUGACUGGAUGAAAUCCAAAACAAUAACUUUGCUCAAAAAAUCUGAAACCCAUUUCUAGUCUCAACACGCCUUAAACGAAUAAGAUCAACCAAAUUAUAUCAUACAAAAACCUUCAAUAACUCCAAGCAAUUAUCGCUCAAAUUCAAAUAUAAACUUGUCUAAACUUUCAAUAAAUUCAACUACCAAUCAAUUCAAUACUUCAAGCAAUUCUCAAUAUAUUUAAAAUAAUAACUAUCACUCUGAAGGCAGACAAAGUUGUUUAAGUAGUAACAAUAAUUUGAGAUCAAUCACACCAUAACAAUCGUCUCCAACAGCUAACUAUUUCAAUAAAGCUACUUACAAUUCUUCUAAGUAAAACAUAAAUAACUACUAAUCAGGCUAAUACUCAUAAAAAAGACUUCAAAAACCGAAAAGUUUCACCUCAAGAAAUCUCUUAAGUAUGUUUGAUAAAUCUCCUUCCAAUAACUUUUUAGUAUUAAAUUAAGAAAAAGUGCUUGGAGAAGCUAAACAAUUUAAGAAUUUUGGAAACAACAAUAACAACAAUCACUAAAAUUUAAUUGAAUCUUUUAACUUGAUUAACAACCAUAAUGGUAAUUUAAAUAUGAAUAAUAAAAAUAACAGUCUUAUUUGA